GAAUCCUCUUCGCCGCUGCUAGACGCUUCUCGCUCACGCUUGCUCUCUCCCAGGCUGCUUCCCAUGGCUUUUGCUCUGCGGCCGGAGCCUAGCCACUAAGCAAGAAACUUUUCCAGCUGUCUCUUCUCCCCACCCCCUUCCAGGAGAGGAUUAAAAGUUCCAAGAACUGGUGCCGCCAGUGCCACUUGGGUACUCGCCGGCGAGUUGCUAGUCUCAGCCAUGUGCACCAACAUAGUUUACGAGUGGCUGAAAGCGUUACAGCUCCCGCAGUACGCCGAGUCCUUCGUGGAUAAUGGCUACGAUGACCUGGAAGUGUGCAAGCAGAUCGGAGACCCGGACCUGGACGCCAUCGGGGUGCUGGCUCCAGCGCACCGCCGGCGCAUCCUGGAGGCUGUGCGCCGGCUGCGGGAACAGGACGCGGCCGCCGCCGGCCUCUACUUCACGCUCGAGCCGCAGCCCGUGCCACCCGCACCGCAGGUGGACGCCGUGCCCCCAGGCCGCCGGGGGGAGCCAUGUGGCGGCUCGGCCCAGGGUACUCGCGGGGACCCCCGUGGCCAGGCGAGCGCUCCCCGCAGCAGGGAGCUGGUGAGCUACCCCAAGCUGAAGCUGAAGAUCAUGAUCCGGGAUAAGCUGGUCCGAGAUGGCAUCCACCUGAGCAAGCCCCCGUACUCGCGCAAGGUCCCAAUGGCUGGCAUCCUAGAGUACUUAAUGAAUUGGCCGAAGUCAUCACAGAACCGCUAGAUAUCAUUUUUGAGAGCCCGUGGAGGACUGAUGAGGUGCUGAAGACUGAAAAGGGCAUAUUUAGAAUCUUCUUUCACAAAGGGAACUGGAUGGUGACUCUGGAAACACUCAUCAGCUUAAAUGUCUUGCUUGGAAAAUUCUGGAAUAAUCAACUUAGUAAGCCGAAUCACUUACUUGUAGCUAGUAAUAAGGUGGCAACAUACCGCCCAUGAAAAGAUAUUGAACUUGGUUUUAAAAGGAUACUCCAUGUGGGAAGAAGUCUGAUACAUCUCUUGGAAUUUCUCUCUUUGAAUUUGCUCUUUGAAUUUUUCAUCAUACUAGAUGGGGUUGAUUAAGGCUUGUGGGUAAUUACUAAAUUUGAGUAUACUAUACAAAAGUAGAUUUCUUACAAUAGCUAAUUAAUUAUACCACUUUCAAAUUAGCCUCUAUCUUGAGAACAGUAACUUUCAUCUUCUAUUUUAACAUACAUGUUAUUUUACUUUGCAUAGAGCUCUGUUUUCAUUAAGCUAUGAUGUUUCAUAUAAUUCUAUAUAAAGUAGUUUGGUGAAGGAACUCUUAUUUUAGAUGCUUUAUAUUAGUAAUUUCACAUAUGAGUAUAACCACAACACUGACAGAUUAAGGAAGAAAUUAUUUUCUGACUUUUAAUUUUUUUUUUUUUCGAGACAGGGUUUCUCUGUGUAGCUUUACGCCUUUCCUGGAACUCGCUCUGUAGACCAGACUGGCCUCAAACUCACAGAGAUCUGCCUGGCUCUGCCUCCCGGGUGCAUGGAUUAAAGGUGUGCGCCACCACUGCCUGGCUUGACUUAAAAUUUAAUGUGGUGGAGGUGUGGCUGUUCUGUUAAGAGUAUCAUGUCCUGACAUGAUAUUGAAGACCUGUCAGCUGUUUUAUUCUUCCUUGCCUGGAGACUUCUCCAGCCUCCCCCUUCCCAAGAUGCUUUGUCUCCCUCUCUUUAGUAGGCUUCUGACACCAGUUUGGGGCCAGAGACUGUGGCAAUAGGUAAGAGGACUUGUCCAUGGACCUGGACUGGAGGAGGACAGAGAGGAAAUUGAGUAGGAGUAAGAAAAUUAGGAUGGCUCUAGAGAUUUUUUUUCUUUCUCGUCAUUAUUUCCUUUGGGUGUCGGUAGUUUGAUUUCCUGCUAAGAAAAUGCAACAGUGACGACGGAGCCUGAACUUAGAGGAGAGAAGGCUAUGGGAGGUUUAACAGUGCUGGCAGGCUUCUGGGGCUGGCGAGUCUAGAGAGCCUGUCAGCUGUUCUGUAUGCAGAAUCGUCCCUUCACUAUGCAGAAGGACAUCAAAGAUGCAAGCUUGUGUCACUGUAAUCAUGGACAAGAACAGGAAACUUUUAAAGGCAAGAGACUGACGUUCACCUUGUUUCUGGGAAUAAGUAGGUAAUUAAGAAAGGCUUAGAGUUCCAAAGGCAUUCAUGGCACAAUAUUGUUUUUAAAGUAUAAGGUUCAAACACUCGAGCUGCCUUCAGAGAUAAAUUUAGGCACCAUUGCAAAGCCUUUCUCGAGAUUAAAUACAAAUGUAAGGAAAUUAGCUUCUUAGAGUAUGUGUGAGUUGUUCCUUCUGUGCUACAUACGAUCAAACACUCAUCACCUUUUCAAAUAAGCUGGUCUUUAAAAUACCUGUUAGACUUUUUUUUUUUUAAAGAGGUAUGGGUGUCUGCAUAGAUUACUGAUAUGAUUUAUUGUGAUAAUGAAUGGCUUCCUGGUUGAGACCUCAUUUCCAGGUGCCACAUCUGUGACAGAUUUAUUUCACAGAUGUACAUUUGCAUGCAUUUGUUGAGCUGUGGCUAGCAAGGACCCAGUUUCUGAAAAAAAAAUCUAUUAUUUACCCUAGAGGCAAAUGAAAAUUGAAUCCUCUGCAACCAAAAGGGCUCUCACGUCUUUUCAAGUUUUAUUUUCCAUUUGAAUGAUGUCCGACUUCAAUCAUUUGGCUACAUUUAAAUCUUGUCUCUAUGCCACUUUUGGAAUUUGAAAUUAACAAUAACCUACCUUAAUUAUGAGUCACAAUUUCAAAUGGUAGACUCACCAGUGGGUCUGAAAGACUUCUUAGGUAAAGAUAGAAGAAUAAAGGUCUGUGAAGAGAAUCAGUGAAAAGAAGCUUGCUAACCUCUGUGCAUUAAGUCAAGAUGAGGUAAGACAGCAUAUCAAAGGAAUUCUGACCUUGAAUUGUAUCUUUCGUGACUAAUCUUUAGGAAGAGUCAAUUUCUCACUGUGUCUUUUCCUUUUAUCUAAACACUGGUGACUUCCUUAAUAUCUGAAUGUGAAAGAUGAAAAUAAGACAGCAAGACUCAUGUCUUGAUCAUGUCAAUUCAUAGUUCUCCCUUCAAAUAACUCAUAAGUGACAGGGUCUUAUUUCAUAAUACUGAGAGGUAUAGAGAAUAAUAGCAAAAUUUUUUUCAUCUUAAAGAAAUCGGAGAAUGUAUAAAGAAAUCUUAAUCAUGCAAAAUGUUGCUUUCUCAAGUAUGACAGCACACAUGUGUAAUCCCAGCAGAAUUCCAAGUCCAAGGGUAGCCUGGGCUGUGUAGUGAGAUUCUGUCUCAAUAAACAAAUCAGAACAAAACAAAAUAAAAUAGAAGGGACUAUAUGGAUAUAGCCCAGUUAGUCAAGUUUGUGCCAUGCAAGCACAAGGACCAGUGUUUGAGCCCUAGAAUCUACCAGGUAAAAAAGUCAGGUGUGGUGGUAUGCACUUAUAUUACCAACACUGGGGAGGACAGGACAGCAGACCCCUGGGGCUUGCUGGCUGGUCAUCCUAGCCUACUUGGUGAGUCACAGGCCAAUGAGGACCCUGUUUCAAAACAUACAAUCAAAACAGAAAAGCUAAAAGAGGUACGCCUGCAGAGGGACACCUGAAGCUGACUUCUGGCCUCCACAUGAGUAUGUGUUAGUGUGCAUGUGUGAGCGUGCACACGCACAUGCACACGCACAUGCACACACACACACACACACACACACACACACACAGAAACACAAUUAGUGAAGGAGGAAAAGGAGGAGGGAGGGAAAGAGAGAUAUUUCUGGACACAGGGAAAAUAACGAUUUAAAGAAUAAAGCCAAAAAUCUCAGAAGAAACGUAAUUUAUAGCUACUCAAGAUGGUAGUUUCUCAAUCCAGAGGAUCAAGUAGUUUCUUAGAUUAGAGACAUUUGCAUCAUGGUUGGUUGUUUGAACUACAGGAUGACAGUGAGCAUUAAGUUUUUCCCUUGAAAUUACUCAAACCAUAGUUCAAAUUCUAGAAUGAUCCCAGUAGUGUUUUCCUGUGGUGACUCUCCUAGGUGCACAAGCUCCAGAGUAGCUUGAGGAAUCAUCACAAAUAAUUCUGAAAUGAAAGCCUCUUUUCUCUCAUCCAUAAAAUGGCAAAAAUAAGUCUCUCCUCCACUUAAGAGGCUUAGGAGUUACAGCUUAUCUCUAUUCUCAGUCUUUGGCUCAGGCAUGGCAUCAGCGGGCACUGUCUCUCUCCCUACCCCCUUCCUGAAUUUCGGUUAUUUUCUUCAUUUCUUCUUAGGUGGAAGAGAUUAUCUUAAAACCAACCAGAGAAUUCAUGUAUAUAUUGACAUGUCCUGCUGCUGUUCAUUAAAUAAGGCCCCUUUCCCCCCCUUAAGGGCUCAGGAAAGCUACCUUGUGCUAUCACACUAGGAGUUCAGUGCAUGAUUAGUGACCGAAUGCAGAGAAUUUGACUUAACAAUAGGCUAGGGAGAUGGCUCAGUCAGUAAGAUGCUGUCCUUUCAAGUACACAGGGCUGAGUUAGACCCCAGAAUCCUCAUUUAAAAAGGACAAGUACUUGUAAUCCCGUGAUGGGGAGGUGGGGACAGUUGGAUCCCUGGAGCUAGACUGGCCUACUUGAUGAGCUCCAAGUCAGUGAGAGACCCUGUCUUUCUCUCUCACACACAUAAGGUGGAUGGCAUGUGAGGGACAGUAUCUGAGGCUGUCCUUUGGCCUGCACACACACUUGCACCAACACACACACACACACACACACACACACACUAAAAA